AUGCCUGCACCAGCCCCCAAGAAGCGAAAAGUCGUCAUCGAGAUAUCGGAUGAUGACAAUUUCGAGGGGGGAUUAUCGAUCACCACUCUGUCCUCCGCGCCGCAGAGACAGACCAGAGCGUCCACUCGACGCACAGCCCCCAGCUCCACCGCCCCGGCCGCCGUGAACGACUCGAUCCCGUCAAAGCCCUUGUCCUCGCAAACCAAGGCUGCUAGGAGGGCUCCAACUUCCGCAAAUGCAGCACCACUAAAGCCGAAGGCGAACAACAGUACGGUUAGGAGGUCCACCGCCUCCUUGCAGAAGAAAACGCCGGCCUCGAAUAAGCCUAUUUAUUCAUUCUUUACGUCAACACAUCGGCCUCCCUCCAGCUCUUCGCAGAAUGCGAGGGCGAGUGUUCCACCGGCCUCUCAGAAUGAGGAUUUUGACGACCUGAUUGAGGACGGCUUUUCCGAUCAUGGGUUUGAGGGGAGUAGUGGUGCUGCAUCGGUGGGGACUCGUGCUGGUUCUCUGAGCGGAGCUGGGAGGUUCAAGGUAGGGCGUGGUGGGGCUAUGCGGAAGGGUCGGGCGGAGGAGGGUAAGGGCUCGAGCUUUGUGAAGACUGCGUCUGGAGCUCAGAUAGUUGAUCCCCGACCUUGGCCCGAGAGAUUUGCCCCGCAGUCGUCGAACUUGCUGGCGGUAAACCAGAAGAAAGUCGCUGAGGUACGCUCCUGGUUUGAACAUGUUUUCGACGGUUUUUCGAAACAAAGACUACUGGUAUUGAAGGGCUCUGCCGGUUCGGGUAAAACUGCUGUGCUUGAGGUUCUGUCGAAAGAGAUGGGCUUUGAAGUGCUGGAGUGGAAAAACCCCAGCGGGGUUAUCCCGACAGAAGGACCUGAUGAGGGAAAUGCUUUCAGCUCCGGCUUGACAGGUGUGUUUGAAGAGUUUGUGGGGCGGGCCGGGAGGUUCGGCAGUUUGAAUAUGGUUUCCACCGCACCAUCUAGAAAUAAUGCUGGGGGAAAGAAACCUGUGAGCGGUGGACCAUUAUCAGAAACUGAUGAGAGUAAAAAGAAGGUGAUAUUAAUUGAAGAUUUUCCCAAUGCACUAUUUACAUCCUCGCCAGCUCCUCUGGCGUCUUUUCGACACACAAUAAAAUCCUUCCUUGCUCUUCCUACACCCCCUCGCUUCUCGCCUCCGGUGCCUCCUUUGGUGUUGAUAAUUUCUGAGAGCGCCAAUAUAUCUGGUUCAGGCGCUUUCACUGCUCAUCGUUUGCUUUCCCCAGAAAUUUUGCACCAUCCUUUAGCAACGUCGAUUACCUUCAAUAAGAUCGCUCCUACGUUCAUGAUCAAGGCCCUAUCGGCAAUAAUCACUCAAGAGUCACGCGAGUCCAGUCGUAGAUUUGGGCCUAGCAAUCCAGUACUCCAAGCUUUAUCCAGCAGCGGAGACAUCAGGAGUGCGAUAAUGGGCUUGGAGUUCUUGGCGGUAAAUGGGGAGGGAGGCGCAUUUUCGGAGAAAGUGGAUUUUAAUGAGCGGGCGAAGAGAAGGAAAGCAUCGGGAGAAGGUGGCCUGAAUGAGGUCGAACGAGAGAUCUUGAAUACAGUGACACAACGGGAAUCAAGCCUGGGGCUCUUCCAUGCAGUUGGGAGAGUGGUAUAUAACAAACGGUAUGGAGAUGAUCCCGGCGAUCCAUAUAUGCCUCCUCCACCGAAACCUCCUUUGCCCCAUAUUCCGUACAGGGCUAGAGCUUCGCGAGUAGAUCUCGACGGUCUGAUGGACGAGGCAGGAACCGACCCUCAGACGUUCAUCUCGGGGCUCCAUGAAAACUACCUUGGUUCCUGUAAUCAUCUCGGUGGCCUUUCUCGCAUUGACUAUUCCAUGGAAGAUUCCCUCACCUGUGCAAUUAACUGUAUCGAAGGCCUCAGCGACAGUGAUCUCUUGGCUUCCCCAAAACCCUACCACCGAAUCCUCGGCCGACUCGGCGGAUACGAAGGAGGCGACGUGGCAGUAGGAUCAGCUGGGAUCCGCCAGGAUGAAAUCUCUUUCCAAACAGCCGUGCGGGGGGUCCUCCUCGGCCUGCCAACACCGGUGAGGCGCGAAAACCGAGAUACGAAAAUGUACUACCCCACCGCCCUCCGCCUCUGGAGAGACCAAGAGGAAGUCGAAGGCCUAAUAGACCUCUUCGCCAAGCGCUCCCAGACCGGCGGCGAUUAUGGUGACAUUGGUGGCGACGGUACCAUGGGAACCGAUCGCGCGGAGUUGGCGAUGGAACGGAUGCCUUACUCCAAGAUAAUACUGAAGGCCCGCCAACAGCGGAAAGCCACCACUGGGCCCUUCAACAGGAGGGUCUUUGAAAUGUCUGGCAAAUUAACUGGCAUAGGCGUGCUCAAGGAGCUGGAGCAGGCCACAAACCUUAAGGGUGUAGCCGCCCGCCGUAGUGAGGACGUCCCCUGCCACGACGACCACGAUGGGAUGGCACAGGGAGCAUCAUCAGACGAACUGGAAGCAGCAGACGAGCGCAACAGACUACACUCGCGAAGGUAUAAUACCGCGCGGAAUUACAAGAAGAGCGGCAGGUCUAAAGACCUAGACGCUACCGUGCGCGUGGAAAGGCUGGUCCUUAGCGAUGAUGAUAUAGAAGAUGAUUGGUAGGGGAAAAAAAAUCUCAUUGGAAUUGAUUGAACUAUUGUAUUGUAGAGUUGCGCUGGGUCUGGGCUGUUUCUAGGUAAAAGGAGGAUGGAAGGGGUGGUGGUACUUGCUUGUUUUUGCCUGUUUUUCUUUAUUCUAACAGCAUGGGAUGGGCGCCUGGUGGCUUUUUAUAUUUUAUCUUUAUCAUGCUAGGGGGUUGUGUGUUAUAUUAUAUAGUAGUCAUGAUAUGUC